AUGUCGUCGCAGACCAUGACUGCGCCAGCCGUGGGCCAUCGACCGCCUGACCCAGGCCCCGAUAGCCCCCUAUACGACUAUGGCUGCUCACCAGACACCACACCCCCUUCCAAUCCUCGAGACGACUCCGCAAUCCGCGCCAUGCAGAAUAAUUCUGCCCCGUCAACUCCCAACGGAAUGCCCGCCCCGGACGUCGCAAUAAAAACCGAAUGCUCGGACAGCCACGACUUUUCAGCUGCGCAACAUCAACAAGAUGUAAAUACGCAAAGCGCCGCAAGUGCGCUCCUCGCACAGCUCCUCGGCAACCAAUCAGCCGCAAACUCCACUACCAUGGUACAACCUGCAAAACAGGAGGAGCACCAGGAUACUCACAUAGAUAUCAAGAUGGACGACUCAAUCUCCCAGCCAUUCGACAUGGCUGCCCAGAACCCCACGCCCAUCGACCCGAGCUUGCACCGAGACACAACCUCGAUAUCCCGUGAGAUUCAGGACUUGCUGAAUGGAAAAGCUUUAGGUGAUGAGCAGGGAAAUUCCGCGCACCAGGAUAUGAACCAUACAGAAUUCAACUCAACCGAUGCCAUGGAGACCUUGUCAGACCCCAUGAACCCGAAAUUGAACCCAGAGCAGCCCUCGCUCCUUCCACCCUUGGAUUUUUCCGCGGCCCCCAAAAAUGCGUUUGAAGCCCUCCACCAAAAUGAGAUGCUCACAGCUGCCUUUCUUUCGCAAAAUGCCGACCUGUCAGCCCUGGGAUAUCAAGAUAUGGCGGCCUCAAUCGCUGGAUCGGAACCUAAGAUCCAAGCAUUUGCCAAAUUGGAGUUCGAUGAUGGGCAUUUUUACGUCAAUACCUACUCAUUUAUCCUAGGACGAGACGUGCGCGCUGCCCGCGCUGCGCACCACCGAGAGUUCCAGUACCGGCAGGCCGUACGAAGCACUCGGGCAAAGAGUUCAAGUGGAGGAAAUACAUCACACACCCCGAACCGUAUGAAGCGAGAGGAAAGCGCUGCUAUGAUGGGCAGUGUCGUCAGUGAUCGGGGAGGUAUCAUGGGCUUUGAUCCAGAUGUACCUCCGCAUCUCCCGAACAAUAUGAACAUGAGCCGACGAUCCUCAAGAUCCUCUUUUGACGAAGCUGUUAUACCAUUACAUGCAAACCCGGCUCAACUACAAUCGACAACCGACUACAAUGCGCUCGCAAUGCAGUCUUUGCAAGAUGGAAACGGAGACGCAAAGCCCGUUGAUGCGCUGGCUUUGCUCCCAUCCCCUGAUUCUUGUCCCACUAUCCCAAUUCACCCCCCAACGACCGUUGACGGCAGUGCCGCAGGCCAUCGAGGGAUUUCUCGGAGGCAUGUCCGGAUCUCAUACAACUUUGAUCGGAAUUUGUUCGAAAUGGAAGUAAUGGGACGUAACGGAGCAUUCAUUGGGGCUGAUUGGCUAUCGCCGGGGCAAGUUCGCCCGUUACACAGCGGUGAUUACAUCCAAAUUGGAGGCGUGCGCAUCCGAUUUUUGCUACCAGACGUCCCAAUUGGCGAAACUGGAGCGGACCGGAUGGAAGAAAAAUUGGCAGAAAAGGAAGAAGAGGAGGAAGAGCAAGAUGCUCGGGCUUCGAUUGAAGUGGAUGACGAAGACGAUGAGUCUGACAGACUUGGAAGCGAUAGCGGCGAGAGCAGAGAACCUUCAAAGAAGAUCGUCCUGAAGACCAGGGAUUCCAAAUCGUCCCAAGCGAUGGAUUCUAUCGAAAAUGGGGAUAACGAUUCACAGCCGACACGCCGGCGGGGACCAGGACGCCCUCCUAAAGAUGGGAUUAUGUCCAAGCGCGAGCGAGCUGAGCUUGCCCGGGAGCAGAAAAAUGCUGCCAAGCGUGAGGCCAACGGAGGUAUCACACCACCUCCACCUAAAGUGCCCAAGGCUGGGAAGACAGUUGCCAAAGAAUCUGUCGUUCCCGAGUCACCAAAACCAUCCGAGAAGCGGAAGUACACCAAGAGAAAGAAGCCGGAUGGUACACCAAUGGAGUCUCCUCUUCCCUCAACGGAAGGCAAGGUGUCUGUAGAGCCUGCGCAAGAAUAUGUCAAACCCCCACCGGUCAAAAAGCGCAAACCAUCACGGUCACCAUCUCCCAAUUAUCCUCCAGAGUCUGCUUACAAUACUGAGGAUCUGGCAAAGCCCCCAUACAAUUACGCCGUUCUCAUAUUUGAUGCUCUGACGGAAGCCGGCACGCCAAUGACCUUGAAGCAGAUCUACCGUGCGCUGAAACUGAAGUAUCCGUACUUCCGCUUCAAGUGUGAGACUGAGGGUUGGACAUCCAGCGUACGGCACAAUCUGAACGGCAACGGUCAUUUGUUCAUGCACGCAGAGCGCGAUGGCAAGGGCUGGUCAUGGCAGCUUAUUCCAGGCGCGUCAGUUGAAAAGGAAAAGAAACGACGCCCUUCGCCGCCGCCUCAGGUGUCCCAUCCUCCUGCGCCUACUCCGCAGCAGUACAUGCCUCAGGCGUCCUACUCUUAUGCACCACAGGGCCCACCACCGGUGCCAAAUCCGCCACAGCAUUUCCAAUUCCCUUCCAUACCGCCUGCUCCUUUCCCGGCAUCUGUGAAUGUAGGAGGACCUCCACCACGGUCUAGUCCCUACCCACCUGCAUUGAAGGCCCCUGCUCCUAAACCAACCGCUCCUCCUGCUGCGCCGGUUCAAGCUACUGCUCCUGCUCCGCCCCCGCCCCAGGCUGCUGCACCGGCACCGGUACCGGCACAAGCACCCCCACCGGCGCCUACACCUGCCCCUGUCUCUGCUCCUAUUCCACCACCAGCACCAACACCUACUCCGGCUCCUAUACCCGUUUCCGCACCCGCACCCGCACCCGCACCGACACCCGCACCUACGCAGGCACCAGCACCAGUAUCGGCGGCACCGGUACCGGCACCAGCACCAGCUAUCAAUCCAGCUGCAUCCUUCCCCAUCCCCAGUCAGCUCCGUAACAACCUCCCAGCUGCAUUCGCAGCGACCAUCCCUUCAACCUACACUUCGCCCUACGCAUCCGCCCCCGCUCCGCAAGGCGGCCAGCAGCAACAGUUGCAAACCCCACGGCCUCCUCAUGGACCACCUCAGCAUCAUUCCCCUUAUUCACAACAAAAGCCGCCAUCCUCUCAACCCCCUCACAAUAACCCGCAGCCUCGGGCCUACCCUCCAUCUGGCGGGGUGCAGUUCCAACACCAUCAGCAUCCGCACCCGCAUCAACAACCGGUUCCACCCCAGUCACAGCCCAUGUCGCAUCCUCCUCAGCAGCAACAUCCGCUGCCUCACCACCAGCACCAGCCGCAGCACCAGCAUCAGCAUCAACACCAACACCAACACCAACACCAGCAUCAUCCACCUCCAGGCCUCCCGGCCCAUCCUCACCAUCAACAGCAACACCCUGCUCAGCAAACACCAGGGCCACCAGAGUCAUCCUCAUUCAUUGACCGAGCGAAUAAGGCAAUCGAUGACUUUGAAGCUGUUCUCAUGGAAGACUACGAGGACAAAAACUACAUCCGGGAAGUUCUCCGGAGUGCGCGCGCACGCGUGUUGGGCGAUGCGCCAGAGAGCUCAUUCCCAGGCGGCGAGCCAAAAGACGAAGCUGUUAUCAUGGACGUGCUGCGCAAUUUGGUCGGAAGUCUGAAAGACGAGUGA